AUGGCAUCAGCGGGAAGGGCAGCUGAGAUAACUAGAGAAGGGCCCCAAUUGCAAAUCCGUCUGACUGAAAAGGCGCCGCCGGUCACCAUGAUGCCCGUCACGGGCGGCACCAUCAACAUGAUGGAGUACCUGCUCCAAGGGAGCGUUCUGGAUCAAAGCCUAGAGAGUCUCCUCCAUCGGCUGCGGGGCCUGUGCGACAACAUGGAACCGGAGACGUUCCUCGAUCACGAGAUGGUGUUUCUCCUCAAGGGGCAGCAAGCCAGCCCCUUUGUGCUGAGGGCACGGCGCUCGAUGGACAAAACAGGCAUGCCCUGGCACUUGCGCUACCUGGGCCAGCCAGAAAUAGGAGACAAAAACCGCCAUGCUCUGGUCCGUAACUGCGUAGACAUUGCCACCUCGGAGAACCUGACUGACUUCCUGGUGGAGAUGGGCUUCCGUAUGGACCAUGAAUUCGUUGCCAAGGGCCACGUAUUCCGCAAGGGCAUCAUGAAGAUUGUGGUAUACAAGAUCUUUCGCAUCCUAAUGCCAGGAAACACUGAAAGUAUAGAGCCCUUGUCUCUCUCAUACCUUGUAGAGCUGAGUGUAGUGGCACCAGCAGGUCAGGACAUGGUUUCUGAUGAUAUGAGGAACUUUGCUGAGCAGCUGAAACCAUUAGUGCACUUGGAGAAAAUUGACCCCAAAAGGUUAAUGUGAAUAAAAAGCAGUCAUGGGUGUUGCAGACCACUUUGGUUCAGGGUCAUAAUGACCUGCCUCCUUAAACUGUUCUUACAAAAUGCCUCUUGCAAGAUUAAAGCUGUACACGCGCACACACACUACCGCUAGAACAGGGAGCAUACAAUUCCAAGUUUGAAGACAUUUAACUUAUGUAAUACUGCUUCCCCAGUAGCAUAUGUUUGCAUGCCUUUUCAACAGUUGUACUUUUGUUGCUCUUGAAUGCUGUAAUAUUCAGGUUCCAGGUUUUAAAACAAUGUUCUCAAGCUAUAAAAAAAAAAAGAUUCCAUCCUGACAUCUGGGGUUUUGCAAAAGCUCUUUGGGGGUGGAGAGAGAGAAAAAGAAAAAACAAAACAAAACAAAAAUCAGGAUUGUUAGCCGCAAGUGUACUUCAUAAUACUUUAAAAUCUGCAGUUAGGAAUACAGUCAAACACCUCAGAGUCUGAUUGCUUCAUGAAAGUCAAGCAUCGCAAUGCCCAACUGUUGCACAUGUUGGAGUGAAUACAAUGGAUGGGGGUUGGGUAUUUAUAGUAUUAGAGCAAUUUAUAAAACUAAGAUUAGAUGAUUUAUUAUAAGAGUACUGCAAGAGUGGUUUAUUUUGAUUGCAAUUGGUUUCCCAUUUUCUCUUUCAGUAUUUAUAAAUCAAACCCUAUCCUACAGCUCCAUGGGAUUUGUAUUUAGUAUAAAAUAUUUAAUUUUAGCAAUGAAAACUCUCAAAUGCGCACACUCCACCACAAGGGCUAUUUUUUCAUUAAAAACCUAGGCAUUAAAUCUAAUGUGCCUAAGGCUUCUGACCUGUUACUUUUGUAGCGCUACAAAGUUUGUAAUAGUACAAAACAGAUCACUGUGGGGUAUAUACAUCUACACAGGCCCCUGGCUGGAGCAUGACAAAGUCACCACAAAGGCUUGUUCUCUAGCCAGGGGAAAAUAGGGGGCUGUUCCUUAAGCCUCCAUCUCAACAAGGAAGGCCCAUCAGUGAGCAAGACAGGCUUGCUUGAUUAGCUAUUCCCAUCAUAGCAACAGGCGGCAGAGCUGCCCACAAGCCAUCUGUGGUGACAAGGGCUGAUUGGGCAGUCUCUGCCCCCUGGUCAGCCUUUGCCCCUACUUCAGCCAUUGGCAGCUGUUGCCAUCAUUUCAACAGAUGAUGAGCUGGUCUUAAGCCACCCACAGCAGCAAAGGCUGAUCAGGCAGUAGAGACUCCUGCUGUCACUGUUGCCCCUGCUAGUACCCUGGCUCUUCCCUUGGGCUCUAGCAGUAGCAGCAGUUGUGCGAGAAGCAGUGGGGAUGCCAUAGGAACGCCUGUCAGUUGUGGUGGCAGUAGUAGGGUCCCUGCAGGCCUCCCCCAAGUUUGCCAUCUGGGCAAGCAAUUUAGGGAGACAGUCAUUCUUCCUGCUUCUCCCUUGCAGGGGUGAGGUGGGAAGGGCAAGCAGAGCUCAGGGGAAUACCAUGCAUGCUUCAGACCUGUAUAUCAAGUGUCACAUAAAAAAAAGUUUCCCCACAACACAAGUGGCUGUUGGAAGCAGCAACUGUGUUGUAGAUCCACCGUUUUUAAUGCAACAAACUGAACGUGUACACUUCCUCUCUCUCUCACUAAAACAGUGUGUAUAACAAAAAAUGUGUAGUGCAAAGGCCUAAGUGGAUGAGUAAAGGCAUGAUAGGUUGGGAAACCUACUAAUAUGCAAUCAAAGUGCUUUUGCAAAGAGUAUAAUUUCAUUUCUUAUGAAAAUUAUAGAAGAGAUGACAACAUUUAAUAUCACAUACCUAUCUUAGGCAACAGGAAAGGACAGCUCCUUAAUGAAGGGUAUUGUAAAUGCCCAUCAAAUGACAAGGAAAUUUAAGUGAAUAGUAGAAUUGUGAAUUUUCCAAGUUAAUCAGGGUACAUGCUUGUUGUCAUCAACUAUGCAACAUGACAGUAUGUGGAAUACAGUGCCCUCAGCAUUUCAUGGAUGCUGAAUUGAUGUAAAAAUAAGCAGAUACUUGAGUAAUCCAUGAAGAUUUAACUUGUGGCUAGCUAAUGAACUGGGAGUGUUAUUAUGACAGUAAAUACAAUCCUCAAAACUUGAAAGUAUAUUUCAUAAUGCAGGUGGCAGCAUGUAUGUACCCAGAAUAACAGUACAUCUUGCAUGUUUCUACUUAAUUCCUAGAACAUAAUGCAAUUCUUUAGGGGACAAAACACGCCUACGGCAUCCUUUGUUUCUCAAGAUAUACUAGUUUGCUCAUGUAAAAUCAAGCACCAUUUUGAUCCUCAUUCUCAUCAGCAUGUUUGGUUUGGAAAUACAGGUGUGUAUUUUUGUAGUACUGGACACAACAGGAAACCUGUUGAACACAAUGGGAAGACUGGUAAAACAGUAUAUAGUUUCAAAAAAGGUGUUUGGGGGCUAGCCUUCCUGUCAGAACAUGUUCUAUUGUGGGUUAUGUCUCAAAUGACUUUUGAGAGCAAUAGUAUUAAGAGCUUUUGUACUUUUUCAUACCAUGUUUAAUCACUCAUCUGCUUUGCUAAUACAGAGUCUACAAGAUUCACAAAAUGAUAAUAUUAAAGGAUCUGUUAAGUGCCAGCUAGUAUUGAGGAAAGUUGUAGUGAUGUAACCUGGUACUUCCCCAACUUCUUUAUAUGGCAGGUCUCUUAUUAAACACAGAUCCUCUGUUAAACACUUCUCCCAGUUCUGAUUCAGACCUUUCUGGGGAAACUUGCAGUGCUUGGUUAUAUAAAGAUACUAUUAGGACAUUACCAAGAACAAGCUUAAUGAUCUAUGGUGAUGGGUUGAGUUGCUUGGACACAUCGUUCCUAUUGUUUAAAGCUAUUGUUUACUGCAUUGGGGAGAACCACCCAGGGAAGUGUUUACAUUUGACAUUUAUUUUUAUUUAAGUUCUAAAAUACACAUAGUGAAAAUUUUCGUUCCACAAAGAUUCUAAUUUUUUGGUUCCAAUUCAUAAUGGAAACCAAAUUUUAAACAGCUAAGGUUCCUGCAGUAUGAAUAUUCACUUUUCAAAAUAGCUGUAUUCCCCCUUGGUGGGGAUUUCAAAUGAAUGGAUCACAACAUGCUGUAGCAGAGAUCUAGUCUCAUGAAAUAAACAUGCUUUAAAAUCAAGGAGUAAUACAGGUUUCCCUCA